GACGGUGGAAAAUGUCAUCAAAAACAAUCGCACAAACAAACACACACGACCCGAGCCUCUGAUAGGCUGGGAAGCCAAGCCGGGUCGGAGGUCAGAGUUGAACGUUUGACAGAAAAUUAAAUAUGGAGUCCAUAUUCCAUGAGAAACAAGAGGGCUCCCUGUGCGCUCAACACUGUCUCAACAAUUUGCUGCAAGGUGAGUAUUUCACUCCCGUGGACCUGUCAUCCAUCGCUCAUCAGCUGGAUGAAGAGGAGAGGAUGAGGAUGGCAGAAGGGGGCAUUGCCAGUGUAGAGUAUAGGACCUUUCUACAGCAACCUUCUGGAAAUCUGGAUGACAGUGGUUUCUUUUCAAUACAAGUUAUUAGCAAUGCACUUGGAGUAUGGGGCUUGGAGUUAAUCCUCUUCAACAGCAGGGAAUACCAGACCCUAAUGAUUAAUCCUAUAGAUGAGAAGGCCUUUAUUUGCAACUACAAGGAGCACUGGUUCACAAUACGUAAACUUGGAAAACAGUGGUUUAAUCUGAACUCGCUGUUGACCGGGCCAGAGUUGAUCUCCGACACCUACCUAGCCCUCUUCCUCGCCCAGUUACAACAGGAAGGUUAUUCCAUAUUUGUAAUCCGAGGAAAUCUCCCCGAGUGUGAGGCAGAGCAGAUCCUGGGAAUUAUGAGGGUGCAGCAGCAACAGCGUCCAAGGCUAAUCGGAGAGGAUGAAGCGAGCUCUAGUAGUGGUCAAAGCUCUGCGUUGGCAAUGGCUUCAGCCAAGCCGCCUUCGAUGGGUGUUACUCUGAGCGGGAGAUUGGUCGCCGAUGUUCAGCCGGAGACGGCCAUGGCUGUGGAGGAUGAGGUAGUGGAUGAAGACGAGGAGGAGCUGAAGAAGGCCUUGGCGCUCAGCAAACAAGACAUGGAGGUGGAGGAUGAGGAGGCUGACCUUCGCAGGGCUAUACAGCUCAGCAUGCAGGGAUCAGUCAUGAGCAAUGCAGCCUCUGAGACCAAAGUGGUGAACGUGAAGGCAGGGGGCCAGACCUACGGUAGUUCAGCAGGCCCCGGAGGCAGCCAGAAUGAGGCGCUCACCGCAGAGGAGCUAAGGAGAAGGAGGCAAGCCUACUUCGACCGCCAAUCUCAGCAGCCACCCACCGUUCCUUUGCAAGCGGAGGGUAAACUGACGUGUACCUCAGGUUCAAAGAGUAGUGAAGCAAGUACUGAGCCGAGUCCACAAAGCAAACCCAGCCAGUAAGGAGUGGUGGCAGAUGUUCCUCUAGUGGCCUACGUUGUUUACCAGCUGCCUGGAGUGGCAACCACAUCCAGGAGUAGCUUCGCUCCUUCCUCUAACCUUUUGCACAUGUGACCACGCGGCCAGCCAGAAGGUUGACACAGUUUCCCUGGUUAAGUCGCUGACAAGCUAUUGAGAAGAAGAAUGAGAGAGAGAGAAGGCAAAGGCGGGAUCUCAGUCUACCCUGGCACUGAGGCUGGAAAAAUGGUGAUUACAGAACUCUGAUGCAGUGAAACCCAGUCUGUAAGGACCUUUUUUACCAUAACGCCUUCAAUAUCCAAAUUGUAUUUGUUUUGUUUAUCCUCACUAUUUUAAUGGAUGGGGGUUGUGUUUAUUUAAGAAGACAGGAAAAUACUUUUAAAAAAUAAAAAGUAUUUAAAAGGAAAACUUGGUUGUUUGCAGAUAGUGUACACUGUGGAGCUCUUUGGGCCCCAGGGAGGGCUUGUGGUGACUCUACUGAGGAAAAGAUUGGCACUGGAGAUGGAGCUCCUCACAUUUUAACAGUGGUGGAACGUAGUAUGUUUAUGCUUGGGGAUUUUUAGGAUAUGAGAAGUUAUCUGCAAUCAACCAAAACUUUGUAAGUGGUACGAAGGAAUUUAAAUCUAAAGGAAUUAUAUUUUGGCCAGCACCAAAAAAUGGAAGGAUAUUAAGGACAAAAUAUGAAUUGCCUAUAAGCUAUGCUGUAUUGAUCCCUGGGGUGUAUCCUACAGCCAAGUUACAACCAAUUAGAAAUAAUUCAAAUUUGUUAUAGUUAUAUCGUAAACAUUAUAUUCUAUGAAAUAAAUUAAAUUUGAAACCAACUAUCCACAAGGGAUGCAUAAAUAAAUAGCCAUCAGUACCACUAAGAUUGGGUUUGGUCAGGCUCAAGUCAGAAAGACUGAAGAAAAAGCUACCAUUUCUAUAUAAGAUGUGUCAAGACAUAGUAGUUACCACAACCUCUAACCCCACACCUACUAGUCUGCUUCUACUGUUCUGCCCACAGAUUAAAUUCUGCUGAUUGUGUUCAACAACUAGAGAAAGGAAAUCAACUACAAAGGAUAUGUAGGAUGUAAAAGUAUUUUGAUGUUUGAGUUGGGACAUGGUCUAGAUGCCCGUCUUGUUAUGAAAGCUUUUCAGUUACAGUCAAUAUCUAAAUCAGAUUUGAAAGGUGGGUUAGCAUGUGUGGCUGAAUGGGGCUUGUUGUCUGUAGAGCGGCUGCAUUGUUGUAAUACUCAGCUUGGUCCCAGUCUGGCGCAGGCCGAUUUUGAACUGUAGGCUUUUGUUGGCAAUCCACACGCUUAUCACAGAUUGUGC